CUGGAGCAUUCAUGGCCACAUGGUCAGCCGAAUGAACAAUCAACGAAUUCAAUUUUAAUUUCAUUGUUUCUCUUGUUGUGCACCGCGAUCAGUAAAUCAAAGUUUUAUUUUCCCUUGUGGCCUUUUCGGCCUUUCCAUCGUCUUUGAUAGAAGAAAUGGGUGAUGACGACAAGUCUUUAGAUGAUUUUUUCGCGAAGAAAGAUAAAGGAAAGAAGGGAAAGUCGAAAGGCAAGGGAAAGUUUACGACAUCUUCGGCAAUGACCAAGCAAGUUGACAAGGCUCAAAAACCAGCAAAUGAACAAGCAAAAGAACAGAGACCUACAGCGAAUCAGCUUGCAAAUAUUCAGAAUGAAGAUGAAUGGGAAGACUUCAAUGAACCAAAAGAAAAAGACUACUCAGGACUGAAAGUUCAGUCUUUCCAAACGAUGGAAAAGACGGAUGAAAAUGAUGAAGAAAGAACAGAGAAUUUUGAUGAAUGUGAUGAAGACAAUAGCGAGAGGAAAGAUAAGUUGUCCAAUGUCUGGCAAGUAGCUACCCCACCACCUCCAUCAGCUCCUGUCGAGGUGAAAGAAGAAGUGAAGAAGGAGAUCACGAAAGGAGCGUACGUUCCUCCUUCAAGAAGGCAAGCCAUGGCGAAAGAGGUACCUGCCAACGAUCAGUCGUGGAAAUACAGAAGCGGGAGAGAAAGGGACGCGCGUAGGCCUCCUGAAAUCGGCAGCGAAAUUGCGUUCCCUACGCUUCAAGCGUCUGCUACCUCCGGCAUAAGCGAAGCGUCAUCUACGAACUUUCAAGACGUGAAACAUGGAGGACGAGUGACGACGGAGCAAUCCUUAAAUCGUCGAACCGACAUUGUUGUGGACAACAAAUUUAGCGCCUUGAGCAAAUAAAAAGCUGAAACAUGAACAUUUUUCUCUCGAAAUUUCCAUUGGUACGUUGCUAUAAGUGAUCGUGCCUCGUGUAUUGGAAUAAAACUGUGGAAAUUUGGUGAUUGUUGUUGGCAAAGGUAUCAUCAUGCUCAUUCAAUGUCGCAUUAUUUUGAAACGGAAGAAUAUCGCCUGGGAACUGAAGAAUGGUUUGUUCGCGCGCAAACUUUAUUUUUAAUUUACAUCACCGCGUUUCGUGUUUCGUGAAAGUCAGUUUCCUCUUAUAGACAUUUUCUGAAAUUUAUAGUUUUAGCUAAACUUUUAUAUGUUACACCCAUACACGCCGUGGUCUAGAUGAUAGCUGAUUAAUAAAGAGUGAAAUGUACAUCCUUA